AUGUGUGAGCUGCAGCGCUGGGCCCUGUUGGGGCAGGAUCACAGCGCUCAUGACCUCACCUGCUUCUCACAUUUCUCAGGUAACAGAAAAGCCGCUGCAUGUUAUCUGCUAAUCCCCAUCACUGAGCUCUCCUACUGGGAGAGAGGGACCUACCCUUCAUACUUUCACAAACUGCCCCUUCACCACCUGCCCCUCACCCCUUCACCAUCUGCCCCUCACCCCUUCACCAUCUGCCCCUCACCCCUUCACCACCUGCCUCUCACCCCCUCACCACCUGCCCCUCACCCCUUCACCACCUGCCCCUCACCCCUUCACCACCUGCCCCUCACCCCUUCACCAUCUGCCCCUCACCCCUUCACCACCUGCCCCUCACCCCUUCACCAUCUGCCCCUCACCCCUUCACCACCUGCCCCUCACCCCUUCACCAUCUGCCCCUCACCCCUUCACCAUCUGCCCCUCACCCCUUCACCACCUGCCCCUCACCCCUUCACCAUCUGCCCCUCACCCCUUCACCACCUGCCCCUCACCCCUUCACCAUCUGUCCCUCACCCCUUCACCAUCUGCCCCUCACGCCUUCACCACCUGCCCUCACCCCUUCACCAUCUGCCCCUCACCCCUUCACCAUCUGCCCCUCACCCCUUCGCCAUCUGCCCCUCACCCCUUCACCAUCUGCCCCUCACCCCUUCGCCAUCUGCCCCUCACCCCUUCACCAUCUGCCCCUCACCCCUUCAGCAGAUUGAAAUAAUUAGAAUUUGA